UCCUGGGGGACAGUGUGGCCCGGAGCCCCACCUGUGAGAGAUGAGUCAAAACUGGGCUGCAGCAUCCCCAGCCUCGCCGACCACAGGCGUGCAGAGCCAACAAGGCUGAGGUUACGCUGAGGCUGAGCCCUGGGCUAGCCUCUCACAGGAGGGUGGAGGCUCUGUUAAAUAUAUAUCUACUACGCCUGAGGUCACAAGUGGUGGGGAGCAAGACGGGGGAGGUCAGCAACUUGGCACCACACCCCUUCGCCACAGCCCGUGCAGAUCAUCUGGUACCAAGUCUGGGCCCAGGCUGAGAAGGAUGCAGAUGCUUCCCGACAAGGAGUUAGCUGGCCUUUCAAAUGCACUGUCGAUGGGGAUGUGAACGGGCACAGCCCUUCAGGAGCUCAUGUCAGUUAUGUUGGCACUACUCACCAGCAUUACAAAUGAUACCUAUUUAUUAACCCUACAAAUCCUCUUCCAGGGGUUUAUCCUACAACAUGCACAUGUGAAAUGAUAAAUCCAUGAAUUUUCACUGCAGCGUUGUUUAUAAUAGUGAACAAUUAGAAACAACAUAAAUUCCCAUUACAAGAGACUAAAUACAACAUGACAUAUCCAUGCGAUGGAAAUCUAUAUAGCUGUAAAAAUGAACAAGGGAGUUCUUUAUUUUCUUGGGUAGCAGGAACUCCAAGAAAACUAGUCCAACCAAGUAAGAUGCAAAACUGGGUGUAAAGUAUUCUAGCAUUUGUUGAAUUCUAUUGUUUGAUUCUAUCAUUUGAAGAGUAUAUAUGUGUUCAUGUUAGUCUGUAUAUACACUAAAAGUCUCUAGAAAGAUUAUAGGCAACAAAAGAUAAUAAUAAAUGAUGGUUAUUUAUUUGAAGUUAAGUGUGGAAACUGGGGUGGAUGGGGGAUAGGAGUGGGAGAUUUCUAUCAUCUUAACUUUUUGGUUUUUUAAAUUGUGGGAAAAUACACAUCAAAUUUAUAAUUUUAACCAUUUUAGGUUACAAUUCAGGGGCAUUAAGUACAUUCACAGUGUUGUGCAACUGUAACCGCUAUCUAGUUCCAGAACUUUUUCUUCACUCCAAAAGGAAACUGCCCAUUAAGCAGUCACUCCCCAUCCGCCCCUCCUCCCCAACCCCUGGCAACCACUAGGCUACUUUCUGUCUCUAUGGAGUUGUCUAGGCGGGCUAUUUCAUAUCAAUGGAGUUGUACAAUAUGUGGUUGUUCAUGACUGCCUUUGUUCAUUUAACAUAAUGUUUUCAAGGUUCAUCAACGCUGUAGCAUGUAUCAGUCCUUCAUUCCUUUUUAUGGCCAAAUUAUAUUUCAUUGUAUGGAUAUACCACAUUUUAUUCAUCCAUUGAUCAGGUGAUGGGCAUUUGGGUUGUUUCUACCUUUUAGCUACUGUGAAUGGUACUGCGAUGAACAGUAUUGCACAAGUUUGUGUUUGUUUAAACACCCGUCUUCAAUUCUUUUAGGGAUAUCCUUAGGGGUGGAAUUGUCAAGUGCUAGGGUGAUUCUGUGUUUUAACUUCUUGAAGAAUCAACAAACUGUCUUCCACAGUUGUACUGUUUUACAUUCCCACCAAUAACGUAUGAAGGCUCCAUUUUCUCCACGUCCUCAACACUUAUUUUCUAUUUUUUUUUAUUACAGCCAUUCUAGUGGGUGUGAAGUGGUAUCUCGUGGUUUUGAUUUGCAUUCCCCUGAUGACUAAUCGUUUUGAGCAUCUUUUUAUCUGUGACCAUGGUGGCUUUGUCAAUGGUCCUUGUUUUCCUGCUGGCCCUGAGCAGAGGUGAAAGUGAACUGGACGUCAAGAUCUCAUCCCCACAGGAGACCACCGAAUGGGGGGAUCCUGGGCUGUCCCUACCAGGGUCCUGCCAGCCAGCUCCCUCCUGUCAAAAGUGCAUCCUCUCACACCCGAGCUGUGCAUGGUGCAAGCAACUGAACUUCACGGCGUCCGGGGAGGCGGAGGUGCGGCGCUGUGCCCUUCGAGAGGAGCUGCUGGCCCGGGGCUGCCCCCCGGAGGAGCUGGAGGAGCCCCGCGGCCGGCAGGAGGUGCUGCAGGACGAGCCGCUCAGCCAGGGCACCCGCGGCGAGGGGGCCACCCAGCUGGCACCACAGCGGGUCCGGGUCACGCUGCGGCCAGGAGAGCCCCAGCAGCUCCGGGUCCGCUUCCUUCGAGCCGAGGGAUACCCUGUGGACCUGUACUACCUUAUGGACCUGAGCUACUCCAUGAAGGACGACCUGGAGCGCGUGCGCCAGCUUGGGCACGCGCUGCUGGUGAGGUUGCAGGAAGUCACCCACUCCGUGCGCAUUGGCUUUGGUUCCUUCGUGGACAAAAUGGUGCUGCCCUUCGUGAGCACAGUGCCCUCCAAGCUUCGCCACCCCUGCCCCACCCGACUGGAGCGCUGCCAGCCGCCCUUCAGCUUUCACCAUGUGCUACCCCUCACCCGGGAUGCUAAGGCCUUCGAACGGGAGGUGGGACGCCAGAGCGUGUCCGGCAACCUGGACUCACCUGAAGGUGGCUUUGAUGCCAUUCUGCAGGCUGCCCUCUGCCAGGAGCAGAUUGGCUGGAGAAAUGUGUCCCGGCUACUGGUGUUCACUUCAGAUGACACAUUCCACACAGCUGGGGAUGGCAAGUUAGGUGGCAUUUUCAUGCCCAGCGACGGGCACUGCCACUUGGACAGCAAUGGCCUCUACAGUCGCAGCCCAGAGUUUGACUACCCCUCCGUGGGUCAGGUAGCCCAGGCCCUCUCUGCGGCAAACAUCCAGCCCAUCUUUGCUGUCACCAGUGCCACACUGCCUGUCUACCAGGAGCUGAGUAAGCUGAUUCCCAAGUCCGCAGUGGGGGAGCUGAGUGAGGACUCCAGCAAUGUGGUACAGCUCAUCAUGGAUGCUUAUAAUAGCCUAUCAUCCACUGUGACCCUUGAACAUGAACGCUCUCUACUCCCUUCUGGGGUCCACGUCUCUUACGAUUCUCAGUGUGGGGGUCCUGAGAAGAGACAGGAUGAGGCUGGUGACAGGGGCCAAUGCAACCACGUCCGAAUCAACCAGACAGUGAAUUUUUUGGUUACUCUCCAAGCUACCCACUGCCUCCCAGAGCCCCAUCUGCUGAGGUUCCGAGCCCGCGGCUUCUCAGAGGAGCUGACUGUGGAGUUGCAUACACUGUGUGACUGUAACUGCAGUGACACCCAGCUCCAGGCUCCUCACUGCAGUGACGGCAAGGGGCACCUACAAUGCGGGGUGUGCAGCUGUGUCCCUGGCCACCUGGGUCGACUCUGUGAGUGCUCUGAGGCUGAGCUGUCCUCCUUGGAUCUGGAAUCUGGGUGCCGAGCCCCCAAUGGCACAGGGCCCCUGUGCAGUGGGAGGGGACGGUGCCAGUGUGGACGCUGCACCUGCAGUGGACAGAGCUCUGGACGUCUGUGCGAAUGUGAUGAUGCCAGCUGUGAGCGACAUGAGGGAAUCCUCUGUGGAGGCUUUGGCCACUGCCAAUGUGGAGUGUGUCACUGUCACGCCAAUCGCACGGGCAGAGCAUGCGAAUGCAGCGGGGACACAGACAACUGUGUCAGUCCCGAAGGAGGGCUGUGCAACGGGCAUGGAUACUGCAACUGCAACCGCUGCCAGUGCUUGGACGGCUAUUACGGUGCCCUAUGUGAUCAGUGCUCAGGCUGCAAGACGCCAUGCGAGAGACACAGGGACUGCGCGGAGUGUGGCGCCUUUGGGACUGGUCCUCUGGCCGUGAAUUGCAGCCUGGCGUGUGCCCAUGCCAACGUGACUCUGGCUUUGGCCCCUAUCCUGGAUGAUGGCUGGUGCAAAGAGAGGACCCACGACAACCAGCUCUUCUUCUUCCUGGCAGAGGAUGAAGCCGGAGGCAGGGUCAUGCUGAGAGUGAGACCCCCGGAAAAGGGGUCAGACCACACCCAAAUCAUCGUGCUGGGCUGUGUGGGGGGCAUCGUGGUCGUGGGACUGGGACUGGUCCUGGCUUAUCGGCUCUCAGUGGAAAUCUACGACCGCCGAGAAUACAGCCGUUUUGAGAAGGAGCAGCAGCAGCUCCACUGGAAGCAGGACAACAAUCCUCUCUACAAGAGCGCCAUCACGACUACUGUCAACCCCCGCUUUCAAGAGGCAGAAGGCGCCCCUCUCUGAAGUGGGGAGGGACACUCACUGCAGGGCUCUUCUCUGGCAUGGAGGGAAUUGGGGCAUGGGGUCUCGCAGUCAGCAGCUUGGUAGGGGGCUAAUCCACUGCUGAGUGGUCACCCAUACUUCAUUCUUAGAGUGACACCCGAGAGGGGACUACCUUCUGUGGCAACCUUGCUUCCCUACCUCAGAAGUGGGGGCUACCCCCCAUGUAUACAAUAAAGAGUCUUACCUCAGA